AUGCAUAUCUCCACCCCCGUCGUGACUGCGUUGGCCUUGGCGGCUGGUACAGCAUGUGCCAUGGACCAUAUUCAGAAGCAGGGUGACACCAUCACAACCACCAUUUGCGAGACGGAGAUUAUCCCUGCCCCUACCGGCCCGGCCGUGAUCCCCAGCAAGCCUGAGCAUGCUGGGAAACCUAACGUGCCUGCGGGCCCUGCGGCACCCCCCAGUGCUCCAGCAGGUAAACCUGAAGCUCCUGCUGGUCAACCUGAAGCUCCUGCUGGUCAACCUGGAGCUCCUGGGGCACCACCCAGUGCUCCAGCAGGUAAACCUGGAGCCCCUGCUGGCCAACCCGGUGCACCCGCUGGUCAACCAGAAGCUCCUGCCGGUCAACCUGGAGCUCCUGCGCAACCUGCCGCACCUGCCGGCCAGCCUGGUGCCCCAGCAGCCCAGCCCAGCGCUCCUGCCGCUACUCCGAGCCCCCCCCUUAUCAAUCCCAGCGGCCCCGCUGUUCAGCCUGUUUCUCCCAUCUCCCAGGCCCCCCCGAAGUCCACUCCCGGCAUUCCUCUGCCCAAGGGCAACUUGACCACUGCCACGCCCAGGUUCCACAACUCCACCUCCUCAGCCCACCCUAAGUCUACCUCAUCGACUAGAGAAGGCGGUGGAGGUGGUGCUGGUGGUGGCGGCCAGGAGGCUCCCAAGCCAACUGCUACUGGCGUUCAUCCUGCCAACCCCGGCUCCAAGGUACUUGUUCCCGGUCUGGCGGUUGCGGGAUGCGUUGUUUUUGGUCUGCUUCUCGUGGCCUAA